AUGCCUAAACCAAGUCGAUCCGCUUUUUAUUUCUAUGCUCUUGAGUAUCAACGUCGGUAUUUUCGUAACAAUGGAAAUCGUAUAAGUAUUACUGAUGCCAUAGCUGCAUGUUAUGACGAAUGGAAAUUAUUAUCUGAUGAAGACAAACAACCAUAUAAAAUUUUAUAUGAAGAAUGGCGUAUGCAGUAUCGUUUAGAUCCUGAAUCUGCUACGAAUGAUAAUCAACGUAGUUUACAAACGAAGAAAGCACUUAAACAAGAAAAGAAAAAUGAGAAAAUCCUUAGUGAACGUGAUAUUCCAUGCGAAGAACUGAAAAUUCAUUAUGAUCGAUUCAGUUUGGAACGAGAUUAUCUUGCAUUUGAAUAUCUCCCAUUAGAUAUCAAUGAAUUACUAUCUAUGCCAAUCUAUAUAAUUAAUUUUCAAGUUUUCUGUAAAGUUGAUGAAGAAGAUGGCGGACAAUACGUCCCGGCUGAAAUGUGUAUUCUUCGAUAUACUCUAGCUGAAGGUGCAACGAUGUUCCGACAAACAUUUAUCAAGCCAGAUAAAAUUCCACCUGGUUAUAUGUCAGCCUGUUUGGAACAUUUAAAGUCAACUCAUGAAAUUCCAUUGAAAGAUUUCGCUGAAGCAACAGAUAAUUACAAACUGAUAUAUCAACAAUUGAAAUCAGUAUUGUUUCCGAAUGGAGCCAAUAAAAUGACCAAUCCUGCCGAUGAUGAUCGUGCUCGUCGUCGAUCUUUACGAUCAAGUCAACCAUGUGUCUUUUUUCCGGCUGUUGAAUAUGAGCAGACAAGUCGAUUAUUUGAUUGGCUACAAGAAAAAGCAGAAGGAGUGAAGCCAACAAAAGAAACACGUUUGGUUGGUCUCGCAAGUGUUGAGUCAUUAAUAAUGCUUUUAGUUGAAUUAAAGAAGCAACGUGUGUCACGUGAUGAUAUCCAUAAAACAUUUGAAAAUGCUGCAUAUUCAUUUAUGAUUGAAGAACGUUGCAAUUAUCAUACAAGACUAGGUGUUAGUCAUUGUUCAGUUGCACGAUGUUACGCAUCGGCUAAACUUAUAUCGGCAUAUUUAAAUCAAUUAUAUGUACCGGAAAGACCGGCAUCAAUCAUGAUGACUGGCAAGCGGUCCCAGAAUUCAUCGACGAUGAAUUCAGACUCGUCAUCGAUUGCUUCAAUGAACAGCUUUUCCAAUCGAUUACAACAACCGGCCAUUGUCAGACCUUCCAUGCCGUCUCAAUUACUCUCCAGUCAAUAUUCGUCGACUGGUACAAGUGACUCAAUUGCCUCAUCAUACCGGCCACCUGAACCAAAGAAAGUUCAGUCUCUAACUCGACCGGUGUUUAUUCAAUCAUCUAGUCGGCCAUCAUCAACGAAAUAUCCCUACCAAUCUCAGCCUCAGCAACGAUCUGACGAACAAGAUCUUCACGUCUCCGAAGAACUUAUUCAUCAUCCAACAAUCAUUAAACUACAACAACAAAAUUUCCAUCGUUUGAUUUCCAGUGCUGACUCGGCUUCGUCAUCAUCUGUUGCCAAGCAGCAACAAGCUCUUGAAUUUGAUUCAACAAGAGAUGAUGAUCAAUCAACUUAUUUCAGCUCAACCAUAGCAACGAAUGAUCGUCCACAAUCGGUUAAACACGUGUCCGAUAAUCAGCGAACAGUUCUAAAUCAACGCAAACAAGCUCUUAUGAAAGCUAUUCAAAGUAUAAACAAGCAGAUGGAAGAAUUAGAUAUGCAAUAA